GCACUUUGAAAAGUCUUCCUUCUACUGAUCAAGAUGGUGGUGGUUAUGAAAGGCUGGAUUCAAUAGUGAAAGAUUAAUAAUAACAACACCAACUAUAAUAAUAAUAAUAAACAAAACACAAUUAAAUGCACAUUUAAACUUGCUAGCAACAACUUGACUAGAAACAUUUAAACAUCUAAACGAAAAUGAAGUUAUCAGCGAGGCUUUUGUUGAGGGCCGUAGCCAGGAGUCGAUCGACGCUUGGCCAGCAGAUAGCAGACGACAUAGAGAGGUACUCGCAGCUGCAACCGACUGCACUUACGUUGCAGAACUAUAUUGAUUUUGGCAAAAGCAAAAAUGAAUUGAAUUCUUUGGACUAUCUGAUGAAAGAGCUCCCAGUAAGGUUCUCAAACAUAAUGAGGGAGUUUUACCUACUACCGCCACAAUUACUUGAAACCAGUUCUGUUCGAACGCUCCAAGGAUGGUACGAGCAGAGUUUUUUUGAGUUGAUGCAGAUGAAGAGAUUGCCAUUGAAUGACGAAAAGUCUAUUGAUAAAAUAAACGAUGGCUUGGAUUUUAUACGCAACCGGCACACGACGGUCGUAGAGACAAUGGCAGAGGGGAUCCUCGAACUCAAAGCCCAACAACAACACAACAACAACAAACUUCUACAACAACAACAACAGCAGCAAGAGGAGGAUCUUGAUAUUAGGGAUGUCUCUUCACCGGUCGACGCGCGCAUACAAUACUUCCUAGAUAGGUUCUACAUGAGUCGGAUUGGACUGAAUACAAUUCUCGGGCAACAUUUGGGCAUCUUUUCAAAGAAGAAGAAGAUAACCAUUGACGGCUACGUAGGCGAGAUCCAACUGAAAUGCGGCGUCAAGUCCGUGGCUGAAGAUGCAUUUGAUAAUGCAAGAUUCCUAUGCGAGCAGUACUACUCUGAUUGCCCAGAUUGCGAGUUUAUAUGCAGCGAUGAGACGACGAAGGGCUUGUUGGUUGACGAUGUGUACAUGUCCUACAUACCUUCUCACCUCUAUCACAUGAUCUUCGAAAUUAUCAAAAAUUCCUUGAGAGCGGUUGUUGAAUGUCACGGGGGCAAAGGUGAAGGUCAACUUCCAAAAGUCAAAGUCCUUAUAAGCAAAGGGUCACAGGAUGUCACUAUCAGAAUUUCCGACAGAGGGGGUGGUAUAAAGCGUAGUCAGUUGAAGCGUCUCUUCAACUACAUGUACUCGACAGCCCCCAGGCCCGACUGCGAAGGUCAGACGCCACUUGCGGGCUACGGUUAUGGAUUGCCUCUUUCGAAAAUUUACGCACGCUAUUUCGGCGGUAAUCUGUCGCUGUUCUCGGUCGACGGCUACGGCUCUGAUGCUACGAUUUGUCUGAAGUCAAAUCCAGCAGAGGCCUAUGAGGUCCUGCCAGUUUUCAACAGAGCAACAUCGCAGAAAUACACGCAAGCCACACAGAUACAAGAUUGGAGUUCUAAUCCUAUUGUUAGGUAAACUAUGCCGACCGCACCUACCUUGUAAUUAGUAUGGGGCCUAUAUUUUGGAGUAUAUAUAUAUAUAUGUAUAUGAUGCUAUGAAAGGUUUAUAUAUACACGCAACUGCUACAUUUUAUAGUAGGAUAAGUUUGAUGAAGCCAUUAUUUAUGAUAGAUGGAAUUACCUGCUAUACAAUAUGAUACCGUAAAUAAUAAUAAUAACAAUAAUCAUGGUAGUAGUAAUGAUAAUAAUAAAUGUAUAAAUGAUGAUGAUUAUGAUGAUGAUGGUGAUGAUGAUGAUGGUGGUGGUGGUAAGCAUAUACAUCCAUUUUUAAGUUAUUUGUUUGCAUGAAUCAAUAGUCCUGUUUCAUGUCAUAUAUAUAUAUAUAUAUAUAUAUAUAUAUAUAUAUAUAUAUAUAUAUAUAUAUAUAAACCUUGUAAAUAAUGUAUAGACAAUGUAAUUAAACAGUGAAUUUGAUUGAUUCACUUUUAAUUAUUAUUAUUCUUAUUUUCAUUUUUAUCCUGUUGAUAAUAUGAUUGUUGUUCAACAAUUUUUUAUGAUUACUAUUAUGUUUGUUAUUAUUAUUCUUAUUAUUUGCCGAGUUAUGAAGACAGAAUUUGGCUUUUACUAGAUAGUAUUAAUAUUUUUAUGGUUUGUUUGAAUGGGCUGCCUCGAUGUCAAUUGAUUGAUUGGUUAGUUGAUUAAUUAAUGUUUUAUUAUAUAGACAUGUUUCGUCAUAUAAAUUGUCUAGUUGAUAUUUACGUGGUUUAUACAUGGUUUUUAUAUAUCCAUGGGUUUAAAUAUCCAUUUAAUAAUGUUUGUUUAUUUAGUUUAAUGAGAAAUUGAAAUCUUGAAAGUUUAAUUUAUGUGUUUAAAAUUUGCAUUUUUCUUGCUUAUUUUAAGCAUAUAGUUUAGUGUAUGAUGAUGAACGAUUUUUUAAUUAAAUUUCGUUCAUUUUGAUGUUGAAGUUAUUCGUUUCAGUGGUUCAAUUGAAACGGGUUUACGGUAGAUAAAAAAGUUGGUUAGUUUUGUCAAAAAGUAUCAUCGUUUUAUUUAAAAUCCGAUUUCUAUGCAGUUUGUUUUUAAUAUCGCUCAUUGCGCUACGUUUUGUCAUUUUAAAUUUAAAAAAA